CGAAACGCCGUGAACGCGUCGACGACGUGCCAUGCAGGCGGCGGACGAGCCCUUUGCGUACGACGACCUGGCGACGUCGUCGGACGAAGCCGUGCAAAAAGCGCUUCAUGCAGUCCUUUUGAAGAGGAAACAGUACCAGGCGAAGGCCGCCAAGCAGCAUCAAAAGGAACUCGACAUCCAAGCGCGAAGCGUCGAGCGCGCCGUGUCCAUGGCCAACAUCGGCGCGCUCAACGAGGCCACUGGAAAAAAUGCUCCAGAUCUGCGGUCAGAGACGUCGGCACCCAUCGCGACAACGCCGACCCUGAAAUCGUUUCAAGAUUUCUAUCCGCAUCCGACCCCCAUUCGUACCAACAUGGCCCAUCAAGCCAUCGAUAGCGCUCCCAAUGCUGCCGCUACGACUUCUUCCACUUCCCCCGCCGUUGUCAAGCCACCACCAAAUACCCCAGUGCCGGCGCUAGCCACAAAUACCCUACUUCCACCAACUCCCAACGUCGGCGCAGCAACGUUUGUCGGGCUCGUGGUCGUGACAACCGCAUUCAAACACACGCCUCCCCUUCCUGACGGCAUUCGCGCCGCCGCGACGACCCUUCACACAGUGCUCUGUGAUCCUGCCCUCGGCGGCUUCCUCAACCAAGCGUGCAAAUUGCUCGUGAAUCCGUCGUUGAUUGAAUUCCAAUCUGAGCUCGCAACGUUCGAGACAGCCGUGGACGUGCAGUCCACCUUCUUCUUGAUCAUUGUCACACAUGGAGUGCGCGUGGUGAAAGAGCCGCAUGUGGGCAGCUACCUCCUCUUUUCCGAGUCUCGCGUGUCGUCGGUGGACGAGCUCGUCGUGACGUCGCUCCACGAGCAUCAGCUUGCAAGCGCCAUCGAUCGCAUUCCAUCGCAGCGAAAAUUACUCGCUUUCGACGUCUGCCACGUGCAAAACGUCCUUGCCGUGACCAAGGACGACGCGCCCCCCGCCGCGAUCAAAGGUCGCAUCCACGAAGACUUUGCCCGCAAACUGUUGACGCGACUGCGCGACCUUCAAACCCAACGCGACGUGGCCGACGCGAAAGCCAACCACCUUCCCAUCAAGUCCCUUCCCGCCAUGCACCUGCCCGUGUUUGUUCUCGAGGCAUGCCACGCGCGGAGUCAGGUCGCAGUCCAAGUCGAUGCUGAGCGCCAGAAUGCGUUCUUUCUGCGCAGAUUCAUCGACGCUUUCCGCGGCGCGGCCGCGUCGCCUGGCCGUCGCGACCAGUUUAAGAACUGGAUCGAAGACGAUGCCAAGUUUCCCUACUUGCACGCGCGGGAUGUCGUGCAGUAUGUGACCGCCGCCGUCGAGUUUGACGCUUACGUGGCGUCGGCGCGAGCCAAGAAAGCCAUCGAGGCCAAGGACCUCCUCACCGUCCAAUUCGACGAGGCUGCAUCCGUGAGGGAAAUAAAUCAAACCCCCCAACUCCAUUGCGACGCCCCGGACCUCGACUUCUGUCUGGGCAAAGUUCCACGCCCACCCCAGCACUCGCCAACUCCGCCAACACUCGCCACGGCCUCCAUGACGUCGCUGCAAGUGGAAUGGACCAUGCCGCUCGAUGAAAGGACGCCUGUGUUAGGCUUUCAACUCGAGCGCAGAGGGGCGGGCCCUGCCUGCGUGGCGUGGAACCUGGUCGCCACGAGGCUCAUCCACACCUAUGAGGAAGUCGUGCGCAAUCGCGCCACUCCCGCGACUACAAUGACAGCCGUCGGCCUCCCUGCCGACACGGCAUUUUGCUUUCGAGUUCGCGCGCGAAAUGCUGGGGGGUGGGGACCGUUUAGCUCUCCCAGUCUACCGGUGCGAACGUUGGCCGUGUCAAGGUCGAUCGGGUAUUCCGCGGACGUGCUAACCAAGCGAUGCCCACAAGAUAUCGUCGAGUGGAUGAUAAGGUAUCGCACGUUUGGUCAAGUGCAGCAGGUGGGGAGCGAGGCUCUGGCCCAGUGGGCCACCGCCGCCUUCAAAGGCCGAGCUGCAUCCGAGCCAAAGGAGGCAAUCGGCGGCAUCGUCGAUGUCGCCCUGAACGCAAUGAAGACGUUCACAGAGGACGUGAAGAUUCAAGCAGCGGCGGCACACCUGCUCGGCGCGGCAGCUCACCUUGACAUCAAGGGGUGGACGCCCGCGCAAAAAGCCGGCGCGAAGAUCGUCCUCGACAACGUACUGUCCAAGUUUGCGACAUUUCCAUCUGCCCAUGCAACAGGGCAGUGGGCGCUCCGCGCCAUCACGUCACCGCCGCAGCGCCGCAAACUUGGACUGAACGAAGCCGCGAUGAAGAUCCAAGGCAUGUACCGGCGGCGGCAGGCGCGGCAACUCAUGGCGACCCUGGCUCGUGCCCUCUUUCCCCAACUUGUCGAUCCAGCCACAGGACUUGCGUACUACUACGACACGAGAACUGGCGCGGCGACGUGGACGCCGCCGACGCGCUUCCUUCUUUCAUGACAGCUAGCUAUCAUGCAGUUCUAUUCACAACAUCCCCCGACUUUCAUUCGUUCCAUGGUCGUCGAAAGAGCCUUCCGCUGGCAAUUUUGACUCCCCAGAGCACACCGCUGGCCAUGACAGCACACACGCGUGUUUAAAUUAGUUGUCGACAUGUAGUGUGGUGGUCCGCCCAGACGAAAGCUAGCGCCGCCUCGCCUUCGCGCGCUGUUGGCUUCGCUUGAUGUGCUCGGCCUUUUUACGGGCGCGAAUGCGCUCCUCGCGCUUGGCGGCAUUCGCCUUUUGCUCGGAUGUUUUUUGCUUGACCACGACCUUCUUCUGAAACUUCUUGUCUUUCUUGGGCAUCCCCGCGUCGUCGCCGUCCGAGAGAUCGCCGAGGGCCGCUUCGUACUCUUCCUUGGUGAGCUUCCCGCGCUUAAACUUCUUAAACAGAUGCUCCUCCUUCUCAAGUUCUUCCCACUCUUCUACAAUCUGCUGGUGCAUCCCCUUUUUCUUUUCCCGGCGGCGGGGGCCGUCCUCGACGGCGGCCAGCUUGCGCUUUUUGUCCGCCUGCUUUUUCUCAAACCGGUCGAGCUUCUCCGCCUUGUGCUCGGCGGCGAUCUCGAGCAGCUUUUUCUGUCGUUGCUUUUCGCGGGCCUUGUCCUUGUACGGAAUGUCGACGACCUUGACGCCGGACGGUGUGAAUGCGACGUUGUCGAGGCACCGCAGCUCGUUGAUUUUCGGCAAUUGGAAGAGCGCAAACCCUGUUGCGACUUUGGCCAAGUUCAAGUCUUUGAAGCGAAAGAUAAACUGGCACUGGUGCUCUUUGUACGACCGGACAAACGAAAUAAACGCUUUCGUGCCCUUUUCGACCACGUCGCGGUCGGUCAGCUGCAGCGCCUUGACUUGCUCCAGGACGGCCACUGCAUCCUCCGCGGACGCAGUCACGUUCAUUUCCUCGAGAGGCACCUUGCGGAUGCUCAAAAAAUUCACAUACGCGUCCUCGUUCGGCGAGAGAAACGUGAGUGCCGAUCCGGACCGCCCCGCCCGCGCUGUCCGGCCCACGCGAUGAACAAAAAAGUUGGGGUCCUGCGGCGGAUCAAACUGGAUGAUCCAGUCCACGUCGGGCAAGUCGAUCCCGCGCGCGACAACGUCCGUGCACACGAGGAGGCCGGACGUCGCCUGGACAAACUCGUCGUAGUGGGCAAUGCGUUUCUUCGGCUGCAUCUUGCCAUGGAGCGUCACCACACUCACGUCAGGAACUUCUGCCUUUGUGAGAUGCGCCAGGACCGCUCCGAAAAAGUCCACCGAUGCACACGUUGAGAAAAACACAAUGUGCUUCUCGGUCGGUUUGGAUUGGACGAAUCGGAGCAACGUCGCCAGCUUGGCGUCGUACUCGACGGCCGUGUAAAAGUUGGUGAGCGUCGACGGCGUCUUGGUGUUGGAUGCGAGCUGCACGGACACUGUCGCGGGGUUGCGAAGGCCCGCACGAGCCAGCGCUUUGACUUCCUGCGUCUGCGUCGCUGAAAACAGUCCCGUGCGCCGCUGCUUGGGCAGUUUUGACAAGAUGUUGUUGAUGCUGACGUCGAAACCCAUGUCCAGCAACGUGUCUGCUUCGUCCAAAAUGAGCACUUCAAACUCCUUCGUGUCGAGAAUCGCCAGCUCCGCCACUCGAUUCAACAUGUCCUCGAUACGACCUGGUGUGCCGACGAUGACGCUCACAUGACCUUUCGCCGCGCGAAUCGCAGCCAUGUCUUCUUCGACGGACGUCCCGCCCACAAACAAGAGCACGUGGACGUCGGGCAGCACGCGGCUGAAAAAGUACACCGCUUGGUCGUAGAUCUGACGCGCCAACUCACGCGUGGGCGACAGCACCAUCGCCAUGAGUUGACUGUAUUUCUUCGUGGACAAGACGUUGGCAACGUCGUCGUCCUGGGUUGCAAGGAGCCGGCGACGCAACAUCUCAACGGUUGGCAACACAAAUGCAAGCGUCUUCCCACUGCCCGUGGAGGCAUCCACAGCCACAUCUUUGUUGGUGAGGAAGAGAGGAAUCGUCGCAGACUGGACUGGCGUCAUCUCCGUGAAACCAAGCUCAUGGAUGCCGGUCAGGACUUCCGCGCACAGCGGCGGGGUGCACUCGGAGAACUUCAUCGCAAGAUGCGGCACCAACCAAAGCUGCAAUUUGCACUAGCCAAUCAGCGUAAACCACC